UAUAAACCGACCUAACCGUCUCGAACUAGGGUUUUAUUCGCCAGCAGCAGCAGCAGCUUUAGGUUCGUCAACCUCUGGUCUCCGAAGCUCCGCAAGGAAAAAUGCCGUCACACAAGACGUUCAUCAUCAAGAAGAAGCUGGCGAAGAAGAUGAGACAGAACAGGCCCAUCCCUCACUGGAUCCGUAUGCGCACAGACAACACUAUCAGGUAUAAUGCGAAGCGUAGGCACUGGCGCCGUACCAAGCUAGGGUUCUAAGAUGGAUGAGUUAGUUUAAGCAUUUGAUUUUCUUAAGUCUUAUUAGUUUAAUUGCAAGACUGAGUUUUGUUUUAAUUUUUGGAGCUACUGAGAGAUUAAUCUUUUGAGAUUUAUUGUAUGUUUUAUUUUUUCGAGUUAUGGUUUUGACCUUAACUAAUCUAUCUAUCUCAAUGUGAGAUGUUCAAGUUGCUUUUCUAA